AAAAACUUUUAUAACUUAUAUGUGUUUUAAAGUUAUAAUAAAACUUCAAAAACUUGUUUAUCAAAGCAUUUGAACGAUGAAUGCGACCACUCGUUGGAUAUACUGAACAACUCCACUAUACCUACCAUUUCAUCUACUCUACCAUAUAUACCAUAUCACUAAAAAACUUACUGACAAUCAAACAAAAAUAACACAAAUAUUACCUUUUUUGCUAACUAUUGGUGGUGUCAGUCAUUGGAUUGUUAUUAACACAAGAAUAAGUUUAAGUGAAACAUUGGUUUUUGUUGAUUAACCGCAUAUUCUCUACUCGUUUGCCAUUUAUUACUUGAUUUACAAUUAAAAGUGUUGUGUGAAAUCCGAGACAAUGAGGAGGACAGUGAUGGCAACGUGUGACAGCCAACUCGCGACGGGUAAAAAGUUUGUGGCCGUAAACCUGUUAAGUGAAGACACGCUUUACUUCGUCGUUGAGCCUAAGAGCAAAGUCAAUGAAUUGUUUGGACAGAUCUGCAAAUUCCUGAGUCUAUGCCAAACGGAAUUGUUUGGUCUCGCCAUCAGAACAGAUUCAUUUUUAUUUCUCGAUCCGACACAAAAGCUCUGCAAAUACGCGUCCAAACAGUGGAAACUCCAGAAUAAUGGGGUCGACAACACUGGCAAACCAUUAUUCAGUGUUCAUCUGAGAGUACAAUUUUAUGUCGACUCUUAUCUAUUCAUUAGUGAUAAAGUAGCGAAACUUCUCUAUUAUCUACAACUAAGAGAGAAUGUAGUCAAUUAUGGUCAGGCCCUGUGCGAGGAGAGAGCCUUUCUCUUGGCAUCGUAUGCCCUGCAGGCAGACUUCGGUCAUUUCAAUCCCCAACUACAUGUCGGCCAAUACUUCAACCCUCAGCUCUACUUCGCUUCGUGGGUAAUCGAAACGAUUGGAUUGGAUUAUAUUAUAGAGCACUUGCCGUUCUUGCACCGGGAUCACAAGGGAAUGCCUAAAAGCGAGGCCCAGUCUAUGUAUAUUAGGGAAGCGUCGGACGCGAGCGCUGCCCAUAACCUACACCUCUAUAGGUUGAAGAAUAAGACGGCCACCAGUGAGGUGUGGGUCGGCAUCUGCACCACUGGUGUCGAGAUUAAUUCAGAAGAGCAGAGAAUAUCUACUAUUCAUACCAACAGUCAUAGCAGUCAUCCGUGCGCUAAGCAAAAGACCCGCAUCUCAUACUUCACUUGGGCUGACAUCGGAAAGCUGUACUUCGAUAAGAAAAAGUUUGAGAUCCGGUCGACGGGUUAUCCCAUUAGGAAAUUCACAUAUUAUGCCAAUACUGAGGAAAUGGCGCGACAUUUGCUAUGGCUGUGCAAAGUGAGCCAUCAGUUCCAACUCGUGGUGCAGCCGAAGAUGAGGGAAGUGAAGAGGAGAGAGUCGGAGCUCUGCAGAAAAAAGUUUAGGGAAUCCUAUAUUUAUGACGAUUUGCCACUUAUUGGCAGAAAUAAUAAAAAGGGAUCCGAUUAUAGCAAACACACGAAUUCCGUGUUGGAAGAGAUUAGCGCUCAGAGAGUGUCGGUCAUCAGUAAUGCCUCGUCUAAUACCACGUCUGGCAUUGUUUCAGACAAAGUGCAAAGUCUUGAGGACAGCGAUAGAGAAGAUAUCGAUAUUGAAAUUAUGAUCAACUCAGCGCCGGUAGUCUCACUCGAAUCGCUAGCUUUGAGUGAACCGAUAGAUAACUCAAUGAGAAGAUCGCCGACAAAUAUUGAGGACAAACAAUCAAACUCUAUCAGCAAUAUUACUAUGAAUUGCAAUAAUUAUCCACAGAAUAAACAAGGUGAUAGUGAGAUGCCUUCCAGUGCUAACAGUAUUAAAAGUACAUCAUCUGAACAAAGUAACACAACCAUCAAAUCCAUUGUUCCUGUCGUCCCUACAAAUAGGCAUAUAAUUAAUGUCAUCAAUAAAGCCGACACUCAUAUAGCUAUCAACCACUUGAGCGAUACGAGUGACACGACAAACAGUCUGGCAAACGAUGCAUUGAUUAAAGCGAACCUAUUAUCGACUAGUCCUGAGGCCACCCUAUCUGCAAAUAUGAGCUCAACUGCCAAAGUUCAACCCAAACUUGACCUCUCGGUGCGAUCUGUCAACCUCUCAAAGCUGACAGAAAGAUCGGAAUCAAUGAAUCAUAUCUAUGAAAAUAUCCCGUAUUUCUCUCAAUAUCAAACCCAUGAAACCAAACCAAAGCUCGCAUUGAAAGCCUGUCCCUCAUUGAGCUCCACAUUGACUGCGACCACAACUACGACCCCAACUCAAAGGACAGCCACAAGAAUCGGUGUCUCAUCGCUAACCCGUUCCCACAUUAAGCCCACUCUCACUGUCUUCACAUAUAAUUACGACCCAAAUUCACCGAAAAGUCAAUACAUCGCUGCAUCCGAACCCAAUCUCCACACAUCCCAACUAUGGUCUCAGCCAUCCUAUUUCCCUUCAACCAAACUAGAAGUCAAUAGCUGUCAGAUCAGUCCUAAUCAUCUCAAUUCUAACAACCAAUUGAUCCCUAAUGUGGACCCAAAUGUGUGUAACGGAACUAAUCCUCCGAUUAUAAAGAGGACAUACAAAGAGAGUCGCGCCUACUCUGACUCCAGUGCCCACUACAGCGUACCCUCAGUACAGCCAUCCUCAUCCCCAUCCUCAUCCUCGCCCUCUCCCAACUCCAUAACCACAUCAACACCUAAACGAUUAACCGAUUGCACGGAACCGUUAAUCCAGCCAUCAUUCCAUCAGUCACUCAACAACAUAACCAUGACUUCAAGUCAUCCCUUAAGACUCUUCGCCAGUGAUUUCAGUGUGAAUUCUGAAUCCAAAUUGCAGUCAAUAUUAGUACCUCCGCCUCCACCCCAAUACGCCAACUCUUACAAUGAAAGUCGAGUCAUAAAAACGGCAAAUAUUUCACAGCUAACCGCUACUAGUCAUAAAGGGAACCCAUUAAUUACAGCAAACGGAAGACUCAAUGCAAACAACUAUAACAGCGAACAAAACGGUUCGGUCUCUGAUUUGCAGCAAUUGAGACAAAAGAGUCGAGACCUCAAUCUACCCCUCAUUACGGCCUUAUUUAAUGAUACAGGCUUAAACAUGAUGAUGGUCCCCAAAACAGUUCCCGGCUCUCGGCAAAGACACAUCAGUACUGCUCGAGAUAUCCGACGAUAUUCUUGCAGUUCUGACAUUUACGCCGACAAUCCCUACAAACACAUCUCGACUAUGCCUUCACAUAGAAAGAUCGAGUCAGACCCACCCAUACCUAAAGUCACGCUCAAUAACAGGCCCACGAGUUGGCACAUUGAAUACCCUAACCUCCAGAACAGUUAUAUCUGGGAACAGUACCACAACCCCCGAACUCAGGUCAAUGAGUCCCGCAACACAACCGCAGACUUUAUUGACAGGCUUUGGGCCGAACACCAGUUGACCACUUGAUUGCCAUUCAAAGUCAACUUAAAAUCACUUUUUUAGUCAUUUCGUGCAAAAACUGAUAAUAAAGCGAUUCAUCCGCUCAGAGGGACAUCACAGGGCUAUUCGUUAAUCAAAAUAGUAUUUGGUUUGAAGUAAAAUAAUAAUAAUAAUCAUCAAAAGCAAUUCAAUAAGAUUUUGAAUAUAAACUAAAGUAAAAAGUGCCAC